AUGAAGCCUUUUGAGAGAAGCCAGUUCCUACUUCUGCCUGUUGUACUAAGAGUUGUGUGCUCCUCCUUUAUUAGCGUCAACCUUGGUGUGAAAGUGAUGAAGGGACAGUCUGUGUUCCUGUUAGAAGAUGACCUCAAGUUUUCCAUUCCCAGAGAGAAGGACGCUUGCAAAGUAGAAGUUGUGAUUAACGAGCCAAUAACACAGAGGGUUGGGAAACUAACUCCACAGGUUUUUGACUGUCACUUCCUUCCUAAUGAAGUCAAAUAUACACACAAUGGUUGUCCAAUUCUAGAUGAAGACAUGGUAAUGCUUAGGCUGUACAGGUUUACAGAAAUGGAAACAUUUGUAGAAACGUUCACCCUCCAUGUUCAGUUACUUGAACCAGACUGUAACAUCAUCAAAAUGCGCUCUGGAGCCCUGGAGGUCCCUGAGUACUAUGGUCUUUCCAGGGUGAUUGACAAGAACAUCCUCACUUUUGACUAUGACAGGAAGAUAAAUCUGGAUUGCACCAUUUCCAUAGCCUCCUCAGAAACCCACCUGCCUGCUCAUGGCCAGCUCAUCGCUGGGGAAGUGAAGCAAAAGCAGCUCCAUGGAGAUAAGCUACAGAGCCUCUUCCCUAGCACUGAGCACAGCCUGGGCCAGCAGUGCAGAAAUAGGAGCUGCAUUCUGGGACUGGGAGUUGUUCAGAGCACAAAAAUGAGCUGUGAAGAAUUUCUGAGGAUGGGAAUUCGAUAUCAGCACCUUGACUCUUCCUCACCUGACAUUGAUUAUAUUCCUGUGAGACUGGAUCUCACAGACAGCAGAAGCAAAACUCUGCACAAGAGUGAGUAUGCAUGGCUCCCUGUUCGGAUUAAAGGUGCUGUUCCCAAUCAAAUGCCCAAAGCUGCCCCAGCAGCAAAGUUUUUCCUGGAAGUGGAUCAAUUUAUUUUAACUCCCCUUACGACCACAACCGUUGAUGUGGAAGACAAAGAAACUCCAAAGUCUCUUCUUGUAUUCAAUAUUACCAAGCCACCUCCACAGGGCUUCAUCACUCAUUUAUCUGACCACACAAAACCUGUUGGGUCCUUCACGUGGAAAGAUCUCAGUGACAUGCUUAUAGCUUAUCAGCCUCCAAAUAAGAGCCACACAGAGAGGAGAAGUUACAAGGUGGAAUUUGAGGUUCACGACUUCUACUUUAAAAGGAGCUUACCAAUCACUGUGCAUCUUUCUAUCAGAACAACAGAUACAAAUGCUCCUCGAGUUUCAUGGAAUACAGGCCUCAACCUCCUGGAAGGGCAAUCUCGGCCCAUCACGUGGCAACACCUACAAAUUGUAGAUAAUGAUGACAUCCAGAAUGUUCGACUGGUCACAACUGAUGGCUUACAGCAUGGGCAGCUCACUGUGAGAGGAGGGAAAGGAUUCAUGUUCACAGUUUCUGACAUUCAGGCUGGAGUUGUUCACUACCAUCAUGACGACAGUGAUUCUACUAAGGACUUCGUGGUAUUUAGGAUUUUUGAUGGCUUCCACAAUAUUCGCCAUAAAUUUCCUAUCAAUAUCCUUCCUAAAGAUGACAGCCCUCCAUUUCUUAUCAGCAAUGUCAUAAUUGAAGUACAUGAGGGACAGAUGAUCUUGAUUCAAAGCUCCAUGCUUCGUGCUUCUGACAUGGAUUCCAGCGAUGACUACAUAUUAUUCAAUAUUACCAAGCAAUCACAAGCUGGAGAAAUCAUGAAGAAACCAGGACCAAACUUGAUAGGGUAUUCUGUCAGCAGCUUUCUUCAGAAGGAUCUAUAUAAUGGAAUAAUUUACUAUCGUCAUUUGGGAGGAGAAAUAUUUGAAGAUUCCUUUGAGUUUGUGCUGUGUGAUAGUCAUGAUCCUCCCAACCUGUCGGAGCCCCAGGUGAUGAUGGUGCACAUUAUCCCUGUGGAUGAUCAGCUACCCAGAGAAGUUCCAGGAGUGACCCGUCAUCUGGUUGUUAAGGAGACUGAGAUUGCUCAUCUAACUAAGAAACAUCUUCACUUUGUAGAUGUAGAAGAGCAAGACAGAGAGCUGACAUACAUCAUAACUACUUCCCCUUUUUUCUCAUGCACACGUGGCCACUCUGAUGCUGGGAAGCUGUUUAUGGUGGAUACCAUCCCCAAGCUGGUCAAAGAUCCUGCUGCUCUUGCACUGAAGUCAUUUACUCAGCACGCUGUGAACUAUAUGAAAGUUGCCUACAUGCCACCACUGCAGGACAUUGGGCUUGAGCCUCAGCAAGUCCAGUUUAUUUUUUCUGUCAGCAAUCAGCAUGGUGGCACUUUAUAUGGGAUCUGCUUCAAUAUUACAAUUCUUCCUGUGGACAAUCAAGCUCCAGAGGUUUCUACAAGCCAUUUGAGAGUGGAAGAGGGUGGCCUGAGCUCUGUCACAGAGGAACACAUUCUCAUCUCUGACAUGGACACGAAACGGGAGCACCUCUUCCUCCUCCUGCAGAGACAGCCUCAACACGGGGUAGUGGAGCUUCAUGGUGUUCCUAUGAAUGAAGGUGACAGGCUUUCCUGUGGAGACCUGCAUAUCUUGGCAGUCAGGUAUCGGCAUGAUGGCUCUGAGACCCUCUCUGAUGAUGUCCUCUUUACAGCCACAGAUGGCAUCCACUUUGUGGAGCUCACCUUGCAGGUGGAGGUGUUGCCUGUGAACGAUGAGCCACCUGUCAUGCAAACUGGCCUCCUUCCUGUGCUUCACUGCCUGGAGGGUGAAGAAGUGGUCUUCUCCUUGGAGUACAUUCAUGCUACAGACGCAGACAGUGAUGAUAUGAAACUGAUGUUUGUGCUGGCUCACCAGCCUUACCAUGGAGUAGUGAGGAAAGCUGGCGUUACUGUGGAUCGCUUCUCCCAAGCUGAUGUUGUCUCUGGUUUAGUCACAUAUAAGCACACUAGUGGGGAGAUUGGCCUGAGUCCUUCCAUUGAGAUUUUAACCUUUCUCAUCUCUGAUGAUGAGGCUGGCCUGGAUGUGAAAUACUGCUGUUAUGAUGGAUCUCUUCCUCCUUCAGUUUCGCUUCACAAUCCGUUGCCAGGUUACGAUCUUAAUAUCACUGUGCUUCCAGUGGACAACCAGCCUCCAUCAAUUGCAAUCGGUGCAAGGUUUGUGGUGGAGGAGGGGUCCUCAGCAACCCUUACCAUCAACCAUUUGUUUGCCACUGACCCCGACACUACUGCAGAUGACUUAGAGUUUGUCUUGGUCUCUUCUCCCCAGUUUGGUUACAUUGAAAAUACAUUACCUUCUCCUGGGUUUGAGAAGAGUAACGUCGGUAUAAGUGUAGCUUCCUUUCAGCUGAAGCAGCUGAAAACCCUGAACAUAAACUAUGUACAAGCCAGACACAUGCGAAUGGAGCCAACAGAAGACCACUUUGUACUUUAUGUCACUGAUGGGCUGCAUCACUCAGCAGAGACUCCAUUUUUUGUUCUGAUCAACCCAAACAAUGAUGAAGUCCCAGAAUUUAUAGCAAGAAAUAUAACCGUUCAAGAGGGGGAGAUGAAAGAGUUGGAUCUCUCUGUUAUCAAUGCAGUUGAUCUGGACGUGCCUCAAGACCGUUUGGUAUUUGGGGUUGUACAGAAGCCCUGGUACGGGUUCCUUAUUAAUGGAGUUCAUGGCAAUGAUAUUCUACACUAUAAACAGUUAAUUAACCAUAGCCACCAUAGUCAUGAGUUGCUUGUUCAUGACUUUUCCAUGGAGCUACUGAAAAAUGGAAUGAAGCUGAUGUACAUGCACGACAACUCAGAAAACCUCAUUGACAGCUUUAAAAUCCAGCUAUCAGACGGGAAACAUGAAGUCCUCAGAACCAUUUCAGUAAAGGUCAUUCCAGUUAAUGAUGAGAAACCAAUGUUGAGCAAGAAGGAUGAUAUAGAGGUGAACGUGGGUGAAACUCGAAUCAUUUCUAGUGCUGUUUUGUCAGCAGAAGAUAAAGAUACCCCCAGGGACAGAAUUUACUACUUAUUUGAAAAGCUUCCGGAAAAUGGUCAGCUUCAGCUCAAGGUAGGCCAAGUUUGGAUAACUCUUCAAACUGGAAUGAAAUGCACUCAGGAAGAACUGGAUAUGAACCUUGUGAGAUAUGUCCACACAGGAGCUAUAGGGUCCAAUAAACAAGAUAGCUUCAGAUUUUAUCUGUGGGAUGGGAACAACAGGUCACCAGCUUCAAACUUCUACAUAAAUAUCAAAGACAUGGAAAACGGAGACAUUGCUGUUUUCACAAAACCCCUCAGAGUGCUGAAAGGCAAACAGGGCUACAUUACAACUGAUGUCCUCCUGGCACUUGAUGGUACUGACAAGCCUGAGGAGCUCCUGUAUGUGAUAACCUCUCCACCCCAGUAUGGACAAAUAGAGUAUGUCAGCUAUCCUGGCACCCCCAUUACAAGCUUCAGUCAAAUGGAUGUAGCAAGACAUAUGGUCUGUUACAUUCACAACACAAAGGCAGUCAUUCCUGAAGAUACAUUCAGAUUCGUCAUCAGCAAUGGACUGAAGACUAAGCACGGGACACUCACGAUCUUCAUCAAGGCAAUUGACCAAGCUUUGCCUACAUUAUCUAGGAACAUGGGGUUAAGAUUAGUGGAAGGUGCUAUGGUACUCCUUUCUCCUGAUGUCCUGCAGCUUUCAGAUCCAGACACUGCCAAAGAAAACCUUACCUUCCUCUUGGCUCAGUUUCCCCAAUAUGGUUAUCUCUAUUACCAAGGGGCUGUGCUACUGCAGCACAAUUUCACCCAGCAAGAUGUGGACAACAGGAAUGUUGCAUACAAGCACCAAGGUGGGAGUUCCCAAACUGACAGAUUUACAUUUGUUGCAACAGAUAGGACGAAUCAAGGCUUCAUCGUGAAUGGCAGGGUGCAGAUCCAGCCAGUAGCAUUCACCAUUCAGGCAAGUGUGACUACAGGCUUGCUUAAAAGAGACACAUAUCAUGAUAAGGUGGAUCAUUUGGACAAAAUGGCACCAAAAAUUAUUCAUCUCCAUUGCUUUUCUGAUGUGGAACUGCUGAAGAAUGGCAACUAUGGGAUUUACAUUACUGCCAGGUCCCUGAAGGCAUCUGACCCUGAUACAGAAGUUGAAAAUAUAAUUUUUAAGAUUUUACAAGGUCCUCAUUAUGGCUACCUGGAAAAUGUAACAACAGGUGGACUUAUUCAGAAAACAUUUAGCCAGAAGGAUUUAAACAAUAAAAUCAUACUUUAUGUCAUCAAUCCAUUGCGGGAGGUAAAUUCAGACAACUUGGAGUUUCAGGUCACAGAUGCCAGUGGAAACGCUGCAAUGCCUCGAAGGCUGGAGCUCCAGUGGUCUCGGAUUGAAAUGCAACAGACUGAAUACGAAGUGUGUGAGAGCAUGGGAAUUGUGUCUCUGAAAAUCACCAGGGCAGGACACUCUGCAGGAUCUGCCUUCAUUACUGUGAAGGUCAAUGAAAUAUCUGCUGUUCUGGGAAAGGACUUUACAGUGACUCCCUCAAAGCUUGUUCAGUUUGACCCAGGAAUGUCAACCAAGACAUGGAAUAUAGCAAUUACCUGUGAUGGAUUAGAGGAGGAUGAUGAAGUCUUUGAAGUGGUUCUGAACUCUCCUGUGAAUGCUGUUCUUGGCACCCGGACAAAAGCUGUAGUGAAAAUUUUGGACUCAAAAGGAGGUCACUGCAGCUAUUCUCAUUCUUCUGGCCAGAGCAAGCACAACUUCAGGGGAAAAGCCACGCUGUUUCCAGCACCCUCAGGCUCCUCAUCACCUCCCAGGCCUGGCAAUGCUCUCUUGAAAGGGAUCCCACUGUUUGCUUCCAAAGACAUGACAGAGCAUGGAGGGGAGUCGCAGCAGGAACAAAGUUUGGCAAAUCAGUCAAAGACCAGGCUGAGAGUGACUGGAAAUGGCAAAAUAGUUCAACCUUCAUCUGUAUUUAGAAAUGGAACUGAUGUGGUUUUCAAAUAUCAUGGGAUGGUAUCACUCCGAAUAGAGGAUGACACCUCAACAGCUAAAGCAAAUAAGAAGGGCCAAGCAUCUGCAAUUAACCAAACACAACCCCAGACGAAUAUCAUCUCCUCUAGGAAGACAGAAAUCCCACAAGCUGAUAAUGCAGAACUGGCAUCUGAACCAAGCUCAGGACAUCAGGACUCUUACUCUUUCCCAAAGACCUGCACACCAGAUUUAAAGGGGCUUUUACAGUAUGAAGAAAGUACUCAAAAGUUAUUUCAGUGUGAUGGAAUAACAUGGAAAUUAUGGAAUUCCCAAAGCAAGGAGGUAGGCAUGAAGAAAUGUCCCUCUGGAUGGAGUCAUCAUGAGGGCAGCUGCUACUUCCUGGUAGUGAAUCACAGAGUCAGCUGGAAUGCUGCUGCACGGGCGUGCAAAGAACGAUACCUUGGGAGUCUGGCAAGUGUGGCUAAUGAACAACACAUGCAAUGGCUGUGGAACUUCAGUGGGAGAAGGGCCUUUUGGAUAGGCUUGAAUGACCAAGUCAGUCCUGGACACUGGAAGUGGAACGGGGGAGAACCUGUAACCUACAUGAACUGGAGAGAAGGCUCCUACAGGUCACCAAAGAUAGGAAGAAAUUGUGUAUUGGUGAAGAAGCAAGGAAAAUGGCAAGCAACUGACUGCAGGAAGAUCAAACGUAACAGCUAUGUAUGUUCAAGAAAGCUGUAAAUUAUGCAGAAACGCCGUGAAAGCAGGUGGACAUUCACACUGUUUCAGUUCUAUCUACCUGCAGACAUGUGAGGGUGUGCAAUGGAAAACACCAUCCUAUUUAUCAGCAAGGUUUAUUUUCUGAUCUGUCACUUAUUUGUAUGCAUUUUUUUACACCAAAGAGACAUGGCUGGAGGUUUUCAUCAUAUUUCUCUGUAAAAAUACUUAAGAAAAGAAGCAGCACAUCUGGGUGAUUUACCUGGUUCUUAAGAAUGGGUUGUGAAUUGGCUCUUGCUUUAAAUCAUUUGCAAUAAAACCUGCAGUUUUACUCUGCAGUCACAUAAAAGGAAGACUGCAAGUCUGCUUGGGGUGAAAGUGAGGGCAGACUGCUGUCUAAAACCAGCAUCUCUUGGGUGAUGAGGGGAGGGACAUUAUGUCAUGAGACUACAGCUUCUGUGGUGGAUGCCUUAGUGCAGCAUCUUACGAAAACACCAACGUCAGGAUUUAGUGGCAGAUUGUCAACAGGGGCAAAACUCUUUUUCCACCUCCUAAGGCCAGCUUCAGAUUCUCAUGGAUCUGCUCACACAGAGCUGCACAUUGUUUCGUAUUUCUAACCAAAGUUGUUCAAUGUUUUUUGGAGAUGCAGGAGCAUGUUGUCAUUUUUAGUGUAAUUAAGUAAGAGUACCUCUGUAAAUCUAAUGCUUUUACAUAAAAAUAAAUGCUGGAUCUUAAUCCUAGAAUAUUAUUUUAGUAUAACCAGUGAUACAUGAACAUGAAUAGUAUUUAAAUGUGUGUAUGAACCAGUGUAAUCAUGAGACAUAAUUUGUACUAAUGCAACUAUGGCUUUUGAAAGGUAUUAAUCUAAGUCGUUAUUGGGGAUUUAAUGUUUACAAAAAUAAUAAUUAAAAAAUCUUGAUUCAGUUCUGAGAAAUGCUAAGAAGUCAACAUUUAGUAGGAAAAAAAGAGCUCAUUCUUUUAAAUACAGGCAGCUGCAGUGAUACCAUUUUGCAACAUGAGAGUAAAUUUAUAUUUGACUUCUCAAAAGUUUUGGUUCAGAGUCUUCUUACCAGCAGCCUUAAAAUACAAUAAAAUAAAAUAAAAUAACAAGUUGUAAGCUUCAUAAAAAACAAUUAGAGCUCCUCUCUGCCCAGUGAUUUUG